ACUGGGUGAAGGACAUGAGGCACGGUGAAGACAUCAAGGACGAGUAUGAGCAGCCUGCGUUUGCCCUGGUGAACAAGGCCACCGGUGAAGCCAUCCAGCAUUCCCUGGAAAAGGGCCACCCUGUUCGCCUUGCGGCAUACGACCCGGACUGCCCGGACGAGUCGGUGAUGUGGACGGAGAGCGAGGACGUCGGCGACGACUUCCAUUGCAUCCGCAUGGCGAGCAACAUCCAGCUCAACUUCGACGCCGUCCAUGGCGGCGAGGACGAGAGCGUGGUGCAGGACGGCACCACCAUCAUCCUGUUUGACUGGGUCGAGGGAGACAACCAGCGCUGGAAGAUCGUUCCCUGGUGUGAGUAAUCUAUCAUGUGCCAA